AUGAAAUUUUAUCAUUUAAUCUGUCAACAAUAUUCUCCUAAUUUACGAUGUUUUCAUGAUGAUCAUCAACAAAAACGAUUGGCAAACUGCGUUGGGUUCGAUCAUCAGAUGAAAUUCGAUUGUUUUGGACAAAAUCAUUGUGAAAAUAAUGCUCAAUGUUUUCAAGAUCCACCCGAUUGUCCUUCGUGUUACUAUGGAAGUCGAUGUCAGUUUACCACAAGUGAAUUUGGUUUAUCACUCGAUGCAAUUCUCGCCUAUCAUAUUAUUCCAAAUGCCAAUAUUUUCCAUCAAACAUCGAUUGUCAAAUUAAGCCUCUCAUUAACAAUUCUAUUUAUGAUUGUUGGAUUAAUCAAUGGUGUCCUUUCAUUGAUGACAUUUACGAAUAAAAUUGUGCUGGAAGUUGGUUGUGAUAUUUAUUUGUUGGGAUCAUCGUAUUUUUCAUAUGUUUCAACACAAAUCUCCCCGCCGACAAGUCAAUCGUUCUUACGAAUUGAAUGUUAUUCAUUAGAUUUUCUUCUUCGGAUUUGUCUGAAUAUGGAUCAGUGGUUGAAUGCAUGUGUGGCGAUGGAAAGAGCGAUGACUGCCGUUCAAGGUGUUCAAUUCGUGAAGAAGAAAAGUAAAAAAUUGGCGAAAAAAGUUUCCGUUGUUGUUUUGCUGUUGAUUAUUUUAACAUCGACUCAUGAUCCACUCUAUCGACGUUUAUUCGAAGAAGAAGAUCAAGAAGAAAAUAAGAAAAGAAUCUGGUGUGUUGUAAAUUAUCCUUCAAGUUUACAAAUCUAUAAUCGAAUUAUGAAUACAUUUCUAUUUUUUGUUUCAUUUUUCAUCAAUUUCAUUUCAACAAUCGUUGUUAUAACCCAAAAAUCUCAGCGGCAAUCUCAUCUGAGAAAACGUCGAUCUUACAAAGCGAUGUUAUGCGAACAAGUUUUGAAUCACCAACAUUUAUUGAUUGCACCUAUUAUGCUAUGUAUUCUUGCAUUGCCACGUUUGGUUUUUUCUUAUGUAACAAAAUGUAUGAAUUCAACCAGAGAUUCUUGGAUAUUUCUCAGCGGAUAUUUUAUUUCAUUCAUUCCACUAAUGAUUACUUUUCUUAUCUUUGUACUCCCAUCGGAAUUCUAUAGACGAGAAUGUAAGAAAUCAAUUAGCAGACGAUCAAACAGCAUCUAUCCAUUUUCUCAAUAA